UAUUCCGUCUGGAAACAGUCGGCUGUAGGCUUGUGUCGUGUAGAGAUGUGUACAUAGUGACCUAAUAAAUGAAACCGAUAGACGGUCUUCAGUAUACUAUUAUUUACGGAGUUUGGUAUUAAAUCAUAACACUGUUUGGAUUUAAAACCCUUGUCUGUGAUUUUGACGUAUUUUCUUCCGUGGACGGAUAGAUAUAAACAUGGCCUCUUCUACAGCUUUUGUUAUGUGUGUUGUAGUGUUUGGGUUAAUGUUCUCCAGUAGCAUUGCAAAUGACAGGACUUCUACAGAAUUUCCCGAAACAUUUGAUCUUGAUAGUGAUAGUAUAGUCAGCAAUAAUUCCUGCAAUGAUGUGAGGCAAGUGUUUGUUACUAAAAAUAUAGGUUCAUUGAAGGAUACGUCUGAUAUGACACACGAAGACGAAACUCCGUUAUGUUCCACAUCGUGGAACGUUUCGUGCUGUACGCCCACCAUGGAAAGGCGCUACACCGAAGCUAGCAAAAGGGAGUUCCAGAACAUGUUGCAGUCCUCCAACGCCUUCCUUCAGAACCUGCUAGCCAGCAGCGCGGCCAAAUUUCGCGGUAAGUACCUGCUCUUACAUAUUCUUAUCGGAAAUAAUGACAAAUUUCUUCCGCCCUUGUAUUUCAACACUACGU